AGCGAUUGGAGUGGUGCUCUUGUUCUUAACACUUUUGGUUCUGUGAUUUUUAAUGUUUACCUCAAAUUAAUGCAUAAAAAUAAUGUUAUCAGCUAUAGUAUCACGUUUAAUAAUACUUCUGUUUGGAACACUCUACCCCGCCUACGCAUCCUACAAAGCUGUUAGAACGAAAAAUGUCAAAGAAUACGUGAAAUGGAUGAUGUACUGGAUCGUAUUUGCACUUUUUAGUGCAGAGACUUUUACAGAUGCAUUCCUAAGUUUCUGGUUCCCGUUCUACUAUGAAAUCAAGGUGGUGUUGGUAUUUUGGUUGCUGUCACCAGCUACCAAGGGUUCCAGCAUACUCUACCGCAAUUUCGUACAUCCAGCGCUCAUCAAGAGAGAGCAGGAGAUCGAUGAGUAUAUCAGCAAAGCCAAGGAACAGGGAUACCACACUAUGCUACAUCUGGGGUCCAAGGGUGUGACCUACGCUACGAGUAUGAUCGUGCAGACUGCCAUAAAGGGAGGUGGUGGCAUAGUGAACCACUUGCGGCGUAGCUACAGCCUUAAUGACGUCACAGGUGAACCUGAGCUCAAGUCUGAUAUGAUUCGUAACAGUAAACUGCAAGGUGACACUGUCGACUCAGCCGAUGUUCCUAGAGAGCCUCGAAUGAGGGCUCAACGCAUGCCCCCCGGAGGCAGCCACGUAGAUCUUUACUUCCCAGAAAUGGAUGAUGACAUUCGCUCACAUCCACAUUCCCAUGAGCUCCCAGUGAAAUUGAGCCAGAUCAGAUCUACCGAGGACAUCAGUUCCGGCUACUCCAGCGCUGAACCACUAUAUGGAGAUAGUGAAGUGGUGGGGGAGGGUGGGUAUCCGCUCACUCGAACUGCAACGACACACUGGACGAGGAUAGGACCUACUAGAAUGAG